UAGCGUCUAAUGUGCGUGCGGUCUUUUAUCACGUGACUCUCCCCGAAUAACGUGAUAAAAGAACGAACGACUCGGACCAGAAGACUCAUGAGAUGAACGACUCAAAUACAGUGUCAUCAGGUCGAUCUAAAGAUGAAGGAUGACCACAGCAGCACGGCCGACGUUUGAGCCCGCCCGUGGUGGGAGGGGCAAAGGAGAGGGAGAUCUGAGUGCGCUCUCCAAACAGUACUCCAGCAGAGACCUACCAGGACACACCAAGAUCAAAUACAGACAGCCGACCCAGGAUGCCCCUGAGGAAGUUCGCGCUCGUGAUUUCAGGCGUGAGCUGGAGGAGAGAGAGAGAGCAGCCGUUAAAAACAGAGAGAGAGGAGCGAGAGAACACACGUCCUCUUCUUCCUCCUCUUCAAAGCGUCCUCGCCUCGAUCAGAUUCCUGCCGCAAACCUUGACGCAGAUGACCCACUCACAGACGACGAUGAGGAUUCUGAUUCCGCCUCCGACAGUGAUGAUGACACCGCCGCCCUGCUGGCCGAACUUGAGAAAAUUAAGAAAGAGAGGGCAGAGGAGCAGGAGAGGAAGGAGCGGGAACAGAAAGCAGAGGAAGAGAGAAUUCGAAUGGAAAAUAUUCUGAGUGGUAAUCCACUUCUCAAUCUUGCUGGACAACCAACUCAUACACCUACCACCUUCAGUGUCAAACGCAGAUGGGACGAUGAUGUGGUCUUUAAAAACUGUGCUAAAGGUGUGGACGAGUCUCGGAAAGAGAAGCGUUUUAUUAACGACACUUUGCGCUCCGAAUUCCACAAAAAGUUUAUGGAGAAAUACGUUAAAUAAGAUGUGUGACCUUUGUGACCUUGGAUUUAGUUUAAUAUUUCCUUUCAGUUCUUCUCAUGAUUUUUUGUUUGUUUGUGUAAUAAAAGCUUCUGACUUCUUUA